CGCGGGUGGCGGCGGCGCGCAUGCGCGGCCGUUGAGGCACCGGGAGCGGCGGCCGGGAGAUCCCCGCCGCAAGGACCGAGCUCUGUGGUGCCUGCGUCCCGGCGUGUGCACCUCUGCCCGGGUGCUGUGGUGGAGAUCCCCUGGGUCGUGAGUUCUUAAGGUAGCCAGGAUGCACUUCCAGUGGGACUGGCUGUGCUUGGGUGUCCUGAUGAUUAGCUCAGUGGCUGCAGAAACUGAAAAUGAAGAAACUCUGGAUGCAGAUGUUGAAGUGGAAGAUUUUGAAAAGCAGUCUCAAGAAGCUGAUGUGGACAGAGAUGAAUCUUCCUUAGGGGUUGUGUAUCAGACUCCAAAGCCGACGGGGGAAGUGUAUUUUACAGAAACCUUUGAUGGAGUAUUGGCUGGGUGGGUGUUGUCUAAGACCAAGAAAGAAGACAUGGAUGAUAACAUUGCUAAAUAUGAUGGAAGAUGGGAAGUAGAAGAGCUGAAAGAAAACACAGUGCCUGGAGACAGAGGAUUAGUGUUAAAAUCAGUGGCAAAGCAUCAUGCAAUAUCAGCUAUGCUAACAGAAGCAUUUAUUUUUGAUAAUAAACCUUUGAUUGUUCAGUAUGAAGUGAAUUUUCAAGAAGGCAUUGACUGUGGUGGUGCAUAUAUUAAACUUCUCUCCAGUAGUGAUGACUUGAAUCUGGAAUACUUUUUUGACAAAACACCUUAUACUAUUAUGUUUGGACCAGAUAAAUGUGGAGAAGAUUACAAACUACACUUUAUCUUCAGACAUAAGAAUCCUAAAAGUGGAGAAUAUGAUGAAAAACAUGCAAAACGUCCUGACGUAGACCUAAAAAAAUUCUAUUUGGACAAGAAGACGCAUCUAUAUACUCUUGUACUAAAACCAGAUGAUACAUUUGAAAUGUUAAUCGACCAAACAGUUGUCAGUAAAGGAAGUCUUCUUGAGGAUAUGGUUCCUCCAGUAAACCCUCCCAAAGAAAUAGAGGAUCCCAGUGAUAAGAAGCCUGAUGACUGGGACGAGAGACCAAAAAUACCUGAUCCAAAUGCUGUCAAACCAGAUGACUGGGAUGAAGAUGAACCUUCCAAAAUAGAAGAUCCUGAUGCUGUUAAGCCUGAGGGAUGGCUUGAUGAUGAACCACAGUAUGUUCCAGACCCUAAUGCAAAAAAACCAAAGGACUGGGAUGAAGAAAUGGAUGGGGAGUGGGAAGCCCCUCAGAUCCCUAAUCCAAAGUGUGAGACUGCACCUGGGUGUGGACACUGGUUGCGCCCCAUGAAGAAUAACCCAAACUAUAAAGGAAAAUGGAAAGCACCUAUGAUAGAUAAUCCUAACUAUCAGGGAAUCUGGAGCCCUCAGAAAAUACCUAACCCAGACUAUUUUGAAGAUCAUCACCCAUUCAAGAUGACCAGUGUCAGUGCUAUUGGUUUAGAACUCUGGUCUAUGACAUCUGAAAUCUACUUUGAUAACUUCAUUAUAUGUUCAGAAAAAGAAGUAGCAGAUCGUUGGGCAGCAGAUGGCUGGGGCGUGAAGAAAUUAGUAGCAAGUGCUAAUGAGCCUGGUAUGUUUAGUCAACUGAUGACUGCUGCAGAAGACCACCCAUGGCUCUGGGCUCUUUACAUCUUGACUUUAGCUCUCCCUGUUGGUCUAGGUGUGUUGUUCUGCUGGCCAGCAAAGAGAACAGAUGAAGAUACUGACUUCCGAAAAACUGAGAUAUCUAAGCCAAUUACAAAGGAAGAACUAAAACACGAGAGAGAGGAGUUAGAAGAUGAUGAAAUAGAAUUAGAAGAAAAAGUUGAAGAUACUGCAGAAGAUGAGAGAAAAGAAAUGGAGGAGACAAACAGAGAGCUUAUAAAGGACACAAAGAAGAUGGGAAGGGAGACUUCUCCUUCAGAAGACGAGGGUGAAGGUGGUGGUGAUGAUGAUGAUGAAGCAACAACAAAUGAAGUUGCAGUUGGAAAUCAAGAAGGUGUUAAAUCAAAUAAAGCUGGUUCAGAAGAUGAGAUGAAAGAAGCUGCUGAAAGCACAGGUUCUGGACAUGGUCCACUGAAAUCAGUGCGCAGAAGGAGAGUACGAAAGGACUGAGUUACUUGUAGCUAGUAUUUGUAGGUCUAGAUAAUAGUAAAUUUUUACAUGCCACUUCAGUGGGCCCGAUGGCAUGCAAGUUCCCAAGGUUUGAAGGAAAAAGGGGAACUUGCUGCUACUUAACCUCCUAUUUUAAUUCUCUAACCUCUUAACCUUCCCAAACUUUCUCGACUCCCUUUUCUAAGGAGAAAUACUGUCUGUGAGGAGUUAGCAGACGUUUCGAAUUCAGAAUAAAAGUGAAAUUACAGGUCGGCCAACUGAUUUUAAGGUGAAGAUUCUUAAGAUUUGAAGAGUCCUAGAAAUUAGUAUUAGUUGGAGAUAAACUUACUCUAAAUAUUUUUUAAAAACAUGAAUAUAUUGCAAUACUUUUGCAGCUCUGGCACAAAAUUAGCUGUUUAUACUUUUCAGCUGAGAGGAUGAUAGUAUAGAUGUAGCAUCUAUAUCAGUUCACAUUGCUAUGAGAAAAGGUAUUUUUUCUGUGCAGAGCUAAAUGCAAUAAUUGUUUUUCUAUGAUGAUUUAGUGCUAGCAACAAUUUUUAUUGUAAAUUACUUAUUUAGUUGAUGUUGUUACAUGGGUGGUCACCUGUUCACUUUAGACAUUUGUUACACUAAUUUAUUUUUAAGAGACAUUUUAAAAUAGAAUACUCAUAGAACAAGUAGUAGCUGGUGUGACUUGUUUUACUUUUGAAUGCAGGUAUCAAAUUUGCAGAAGUGAUACACAGCAGAAGUGAUACACAGAUGAUUUUUUCAAACUUUUAUAGUUCUCGUGUUUCAAGCCAGAGUGGUAUAACCUGUUUAUAGAAUACUUGUUAAGUGUACAUUGCCUCCUAAAAAUAUUUAAUAAUUUGUGCUUAACAUGAAAUUUAUUAAUAUAUAUAAUUUUUGAUGGAUUUUUUAUACAGAUGUGAGUAACUAGGCAUUCUCAUAAUAUAGUUUAAAUAAACUGUAUAUUGUAUAAGAAACUUUGUUUGUUAAAGUUCAGCUGUAUAUUAAAACAAACAAUAAAAUUGCAGUCACCAGAAAUCUCUUGCUGCUUGGCAGCUGCCAGUAAUAUUAGCAAGAUGUAAAAUGCUAGCAAAAGCAGUCAUACCUCAAAAACCAAGUAGACAUACGUUAAUUCACAAGGAACCCAGUGGAUUCCCUUGUGCCUGUCAAGAAGUUAGUUCACUUAAAGAAAUAUUUUCACAGCAGAUUGGGUCAGCAAAGAUUCCAUGGAAGUCCCUAACAACUGAAUGCUGUAAUGAAGAAGCCAGUGUUUUCAUGUGCUUGUGCUGAAGCUCAGAAGUUCAUUAUAUUAGAGUCUGUUUUGUGUGAACUGCAUGGAAAGGCCUGUGGUCUUUUGUUUGGCUUUUGAGUUUUUGGGAGGGUUUUUUUUUUAGGUUAAAUGCAAGUUCCCUCCUUUUUAGUUAGGGUCUACUAAGAAGUGAAGACUCCAGAUUCCUCCUCCUGCCUGUGGCUUCUCAGCGAUAGGUAGAAGCUUUCACCAAUGUGGUAUCCUGCUAGUGACAGCUACUGUGAGCUGUCAGGGAGUAUUUCAGCACUCCUCUUGAAUGCAUCUUGUCUGAGCCUGGUAAAAGGCUUUUGGAAUUGUUACAGCAUUUGGGUGCGGUUUUGAGGUUCCUUGGUGUUUGUUCUGGGGGUGAUUUUUGUUUGGUGUGAUAGAAUUAUUCUGGGGAUUGGUCACCCCACAGCGGAUGCUGCUCUUCCCUUAGGGUUUUGAACUUAAGGUUCCCAUGAAGUCCUGAUAAGCGUCCCGUCAGCAUCUUUGCUUAUACCUCACUUCGGUAAAUAAGGAGCCAUUUAUUACAGGUAAAAUGGUCUUGUGAGGCCAUGACUCAAGGGUGCUGUUGGCAAUAAUACUGACUCUGUAAGGCCUGUCUCACUUGAAUACUAACUUAAUGACUUUCAUUACCUGGAACCUGGAGAUAGAAGACAUCCUUCUGCACAUCAGCUUACUUGGAUCUAGGCUUAUGCUAGUAAUUAGGGGGAAAAUAUCAGAGCUUUGGGGAUUUGAGGCUCUAGAUCUAGAAAGCCAAGCAAAAGGCAAACCCCCCUUCCAUUGACACUUCUGAGCUUUCACCUGCAGUUCCUGCGUGUAGCCCACUUAUAUUUGAGCAGGUAUUUCAUGAAAAAUACUUGAUCUCACUAUCAUGGCUGCUUGAAAGUGCUUUGAACAGUAAUCCCGUUCCAGGACGCCUUGCUGUGAAAACUGUCAGUUGUCUUUAGAACUCCUUGAGUAUCAGAUGUCCACAGCCUGCACUCCCACUGGGUACACUGUAGCUUAGUAAAAGUGGUCUUACUGAAGACACCAUAUCCCAGACUGAGAAUUUUCUAUAUCAGGGAAGGCUAAGUAGGACUGAGGCCUUUUUAUUCAAUUACGACUGAAGCUACUCCUCACUUAGCUUCCACCUUCAUGAAGGUAUGAUGAAGUAAUAAUUCUGGUUUCUGUCUAAUGUAGAGCUCAUUACCAGUGUAGGGAAAGGUAAAAUCUCUUCUAACUUGGCUUAAAGUUCUUUCACGUGGAGAGGUGCGAGUUCUAGCUUUGACAACACUGGAUACAGUCUACCAAUCCUUUUCCUUUUUCCUUUAACCAGAACAGAAAAGCAUAGAGAAAUGUAAGAUUCAGCGGUGAAAAUAUCAAGUGAGUCAGGAACUGAAAGCUUGCUGAAAACAGACUCAUUAACCUAGGUUUAAUCUUAAUACUUGCUAAUUAUAUCUAGUCUUUCAGACACUACAGCUAUGUGG